GCUGAACCCAUCGGGCGUGAUGGCUUACGCCUAUAAUUCCAACAUUUUGGAGGCGGGAGGAUCGCUUGAGCCCAGGAGUUCGAGAUCAGCCUGGGCAACAAAGGGAGACGGCAUCUCUACAAAAAUUUUAAACAUUAGCCGGGUGGGGUGGCGUGAGCCUGUGGUCGCAGCUACUCAGGAGGCUGAGGUCGGAAGAUCGCUUGAGCCCAGGAGGUCGACGCUGCAGUGAGCCAUGAUUGCACCACUGCAUUCCAACCUGGGCGAUACAGUGAGACUGUGUGAAAGAAAAAAAAAAGGCUGAAUCCUAGAUGCCAACUGGAAGGCUUAAGAGAGCUAUCCCCUUUUGCAAGUCAGUGGGAAAAUGCACUAAAGGAAAAAAAGGUAACAGAAAAACCCCUGAAUAUUUUUGCAAAGUUCUCUACAUAAAAAUGUUACCAGCCUUCCAAAAUAUGUCCAGGGGCCCCUUUUCAUUCCCUAACUCGGCUUUACGGUCUAUCUCUCUUACCCUCCUUCCAGUGCCUGUUUUUGCAUAUGUAAAAUGGGGGUUUUAAAAGUGCCUAUCACAAGGGUGGUUGUGAGGCACAGUUGAGGUAACUCUUGCACAGUGCCUGGUACAAAAGCCCUUAGCAGAAGUAAGAUUAGGGGGAGGAGGAGUGAAAAUGUCACAAAUCACUGGGGAGGCCUUUAUGUCAGUCCCCACCCUGCCAUUAACUGCUUAAUUCACCUAUCCUCAGUUUCCUUAUCUAUGAAAUGAGGGAAUCCUUAAAACCCCUUCCAGUUUUAUAAUCCGAUUGUGCCUUCUUUCCUAGGCUCUUCCAGUCCCCCAGAAUCAGGAAAAUAAAGUCGAUUGAAAUCAGUCUCCUGAGAUAGUAACUGUUAGGCUGUAUUGAGAAUGAGAUAAGCAUAUAAAGUAUUUGCUCACCAAGUACCUGGGACAUGAUAAAUGCUCUGUAAACGUUAGGUGUACUUGCUAACUUUUAUUUCCCCCCACGAGAAUGUGAGUCCCAUAAGAGCAAAAACCCUGUAGGUCCUGUUCAACUGUGUCCAGAGCACCUGGACCGGUAUUUGGCACAUCUUGAAUUGAACUGAACUGAACUGAAUUGAAUUGAAUUAGAUUGAAUUGAUAGUCUAAGCAUCCUGCCUCUCCAAGUUCCCUGGAAUUCAGUUUCCUCAAAGGCAGAUAAAGGAGUCACUAAAAUCCCUUCCAGUCCUACAGCUUUAGGACGGUUCUUAUCCCUCCUUUUCUCGCCUAGGAGUCUGAACGCCCAGGUUGAAGUUCAGACCCCGGAAAACCCUAACCCACUUUGGGUUUGGAACGUGAGGCUGGGGGCCUGGGGCCUGGGCCCGCCCCCGUUGCCAUGGAGCGGCUCCGCCCACUAGCGCUGCGAAUCCCGAUCCCUGAUUGGCUGGGCGGCCUACUCCCUCUCUGGAUGUGUCCGCUACCGCCAUUGUGCGGCGCUGGUCCCCUCAGAGGGUUCUUGGUGCUGCCGGUGCCUUGGACCCUCCCCCUCGCUUCUCACUCUCCUGCCCCAGGAGCCCGGCGGGUCCGGGACUCCCGUCUGUGCCGGUGCAGGCGCCGGCAUGUGGCUGUGGGAGGACCAGGGCGGCCUCCUGGGCCCUUUCUCCUUCCUGCUGCUGGUGCUGCUGCUGGUGACGCGGAGCCCCGUCAAUGCCUGCCUCCUCACCGGCAGCCUCUUCGUUCUGCUGCGCGUCUUCAGCUUUGAGCCGGUGCCCUCUUGCAGGGCCCUGCAGGUGCUCAAGCCCCGGGACCGCAUUUCUGCCAUCGCCCACCGCGGCGGCAGCCACGACGCGCCCGAGAACACGCUGGCGGCCAUUCGGCAGGCAGCUAAGAAUGGAGCAACAGGCGUGGAGUUGGACAUUGAGUUUACUUCUGACGGGAUUCCUGUCUUAAUGCACGAUAACACAGUAGAUAGGACGACUGAUGGGACUGGUCGAUUGUGUGAUUUGACGUUUGAACAAAUUAGGAAGCUGAAUCCUGCAGCAAACCACAGACUCAGGAAUGAUUUCCCUGAUGAAAAGAUCCCUACCCUGAGGGAAGCCAUUGCAGAGUGCCUAAACCAUAACCUCACAAUCUUCUUUGAUGUCAAAGGCCAUGCAAACAAGGCUACUGAGGCUCUAAAGAAAAUGUAUAUGGAAUUUCCUCAACUGUACAAUAAUAGUGUGGUCUGUUCUUUCUUGCCAGAAGUUAUCUAUAAGAUGAGACAAACAGAUCGGGAUGUAAUAACAGCAUUAACUCACAGACCUUGGAGCCUAAGCCAUACAGGAGAUGGGAAACCACGCUAUGAUACUUUCUGGAAACACUUUAUAUUUGUUAUGAUGGACAUUUUGCUCGAUUGGAGCAUGCAUAAUAUCUUGUGGUACCUGUGUGGAAUUUCAGCUUUCCUCAUGCAAAAGGAUUUUGUAUCCCCGGCUUACUUGAAGAAGUGGUCAGCUAAAGGAAUCCAGGUUGUUGGUUGGACUGUUAAUACCUUUGAUGAAAAGAGUUACUACGAGUCCCAUCUUGGUUCCAGCUAUAUCACUGACAGCAUGGUGGAAGACUGCGAACCUCACUUCUAGACUUUUACGCUGGGACGAAACGGGUUCAGAAACUGCCAGGGGCCUCAUACAGGGAUAUCAAAAUACCCUUUGUGCUAGCCCAGGCCCUGGGGAAUCAGGUGACUCACACAAAUGCAAUAGUUGGUCAUUGCAUUUUUACCUGAACCAAAGCUAAACCCAGUGUUGCCACCGUGCACCGUGGAAUGCCAGAGUUCAACACUGUUGCUCUUGAAAAUCUGGGUCUGAAAAAACACAACAGCCCCUGCCCUGCUCUAGCUGAGGCACACAGGGAGACCCAGUGAGGAUAAGCACAGAUUGAAUUGUACAAUUUGCAGAUGCAGAUGUAAAUGCAUGGGACAUGCAUGAUAACUCAGAGUUGACAUUUUAAAACUUGCCACACUUAUUUCAAAUAUUUGUACUCAGCUAUGUUAACAUGUACUGUAGACAUCAAACUUGUGGCAUUACUAAUAAAAUCAUUAAAAGGAGCACUAAAGGAAAACUGUGUGCCAAGCAUCCUAUCCUAAGGCAUACGGAAUUUGGGGAAGCCACCAUGCAAUCCAGUGAGGCUUCAAUGUGCAGCAACCAAAAUGGUAGGGAGGUCUUGAAACCAAUGAAGGAUUUACAGCAUCUUGAAUAGAGAGCUGCAAACCACCAGGGGGCAGAGUUGCACUUUUCCAGGCUUUUUAGGAAGCUGCAACAGAUGAGAGCAUAGGCAAUUAGAACUGGAAGAAACUUCCAAAAGCAUGUAGGUUUGUCCUCAUUUUACAAAUGAGGAAACUAAACUCUGUGGAAGGGAAGGGGUUGCCUCAAAAGUCACAACUUAGCUGGGCACAGUGGCUUAUGCUGAUAAUCCCAGCAAUUCAGAAAGCUGAGGCAGGAGGAUUACUUGAGGCCAGACUGGGCAACAUAGCAAGACCCCAUCUCUAAAAAAUUAGGCAUGGUGAUGCAUGCCUGUAUUCCCAGCUACUCAGGAGGUUGAGGUGGGAGGAUCACUUGAGCCCAGAAGUUCAAGGCUGCAAUGAGCCAUGAUUACACCAUGGCACUACAACCUUGGUGACACAGUGAGAACCUGACUCUUAAAAAAAAAAAAAAAGAUAACUAGAACUUCUUGUUUACAGUUAGCCAGAAACUAUACAAGUGGUUUAACAUGCAUUAUCUUACUCAAUCCAUACAAAAGUCUUAUGGAGGUGUUAGCACUCUUUCUACUGAUGAAGAACUGAGGUACUUCAUAAAACCACUUACUCAAGGUGUCUUGAGUCUGGUACAAUUGGCAUUCAAAUCUAGGUCAGUCUGCCCCCAGAGCCACUACCCUUACCCCCCACUGAAUCUGCCUUUAUAUUGUUGAGCCCAUGACCCCAACUCUGCUCUUUCCAAUUUGAACUUCCAGGGAUUUUAUUGUGAACUUAAGUAGCAACAUUAAAAUGAAGUUGAAUUUUUUUUUAAUGGCAA